ACUUUGUCAUUUUUGACUCCUUUUAGUUCAAACUAUUUAAUUAUCUAACAUGGGUUGUUGGAUCGGGUGAAUUUUUAGGAUCUUUAAUUAAAGGAUCCUAACUGAACAAAAACGAGGUCUUAAAUAAUGUGAAGAAAUAAAUCUGCUGUUAUAUUUUGAUGUCAGAAGUUGAAACUGAUGAAAAUCUGUUUAUUUCAGCUGUUUUUUGACCAAAUGUUGCUUCCGUUAAACUAAAUAUGUAAAUUCAGAACAAAAAUGAGAGGAUUUAUUUUUGAACGUGAGCGGGAAUCUAAACCUCCGUCGGCUCAGAUCAGUGGAACGUUUGUUUCUGUGUCCGAAACCGGAGGUUUGCUUGUUUCAUUUUCUCACCAGGAGGAAAAGAAACACGAUUAUUUGUUGGACGUUGGUUUUUAUUACCUGUAAGAGUGUAGAUGUGCGGAAGGGCUGAGCAGCUUCCUGUGCAGAAGGGUCCAGGUGAUCCGGAGGUUUAGUUGGAACCAUGAAGGGCUGCGAGGUCAACACCAGGCUGCUCUACCGGCUGACUCUGGUCUCCGGGAUGCUGGAGUGUCUGCUCUUCGCUGGAGUGGUUUUUGGUUACGCCUCGCUGGUGUUUGUGCUGAAGGAAGACGGAUACUUCAGCGAGAUGUGUGCCCACGACCCAAACAGCAACAUCUCCCUGAUGGAGACAGACUGUCCAAGUCAGGAUGAGCAGUUCUCUCUGGUCUUUACGAUCGCCUCGUUCCUCAACAACUUCCUGAAUCUCGUCAACGGCUUCCUGUUUGAUCGGUUCGGCACCAUGGCGACCAGGAUGCUGGGAAUAUGUUUAUACACAACUGGAACUCUUCUUGUGGCCUUCUCUGAUGCAGCGUUUGCUCUGAUGCUUUUUCCGGCUCUUUCCUGCAUCGCUGUGGGAGGAAUUCUGCUCCUACUUACCAACAUGCAGGUGGGAAACCUGUUUUCUGCUCACCGCUCCACCAUCAUCACUCUCUACAACGGAGCAUUUGAUUCAUCAUCUGCUGUUUUUCUCAUCAUUAAGGUUUUGCAUGAACAGGGGGUCCCUCUUCGCCCAACCUUCCUGGCCAUGUCCCUGUGCAGUAUCUUCCAUGUGGCGAGGACAUUUCUGCUCAUGCCCAGAACCCACAUCCCCUACCCUCUGCCUCAGAGCUACACAUACGGGGUGAAUUGUGGAAAGGCCAACACCUAUAAUGUGGAGCAGAUUGAGAGGAUGAGGGAGACCACGGUGACACUUUCACAGGAUUCCAGAGGGAAAGACGACUCCACACGAGUGGAUGAGGCAAAGCUUCAGAAAACACAAGAAGAGAGGAGUUUCCGGAGCUGUGUCCGGUCCUGGUUCUUCUUGUGGCAUCUCCUGUGGUUGUCCAUAAUGCAGCUGAGACACUACCUCUUCAUCGGAACACUCAACUCUACGCUCAGUCGACUGGCCCGGAACGACCCCAGCUUAGUGAGUCGGUACACCAAUGCUUUUGCAAUGACCCAGCUGUGUGGAGUCCUCUGUGCCCCCUGGAAUGGGCUCAUAUUGGACCGACACAAAGGAAAACCUCGAAGCCUCGGAGAAACUGAACAGGAUGCAGACCUGCGCUCGUCCUGUCUGUCUCUGUUCCUGACGUCGUUUCAGUGCCUCCUCUUCUCUGUGUGUGCCUCCAUUCCUAUCCUCCCUCUGCAGUACCUCACCUUCAUCCUACAAGUUCUCAAUCGCUCCUUCCUCUAUGGAGGAAACGCAGCUUUCAUAAGCAUCACUUUUCCAAGCUCCCACUUUGGGAAGCUGUAUGGCCUGGUGAUGUCACUGUCUGCUAUCCUUUCCCUCCUUCAGUAUCCGCUAUUCGCCCUCAUCAAAGGACCUCUGCAUGGAGAUCCGUUUCAUGUGGACAUCGCUCUCACCCUCCUCACUCUUGUGGUGUUUAUCCAUCCUCUUCACAUCUUCAUCCACAGCAGGAGACGAGCACAAAGCAGGAAGAAUAAAGCUGACGACUCAGACUCCAGCGAAGCUGAAGCCAAACUGUAGAGGAAGAAUCUCCAGGAUGUAGAUAUUUUUGGUACAAUUUUGUUCCUGCACAAAGGAAAUGGAAAUAAUUUGUCUAUUUUGAUAAGAGAAUUGGUGUCUUUUCUAAUGAUUUUAAUGUCUAAAUAAAGAAGAAUGCAUUUUUUUAA